AUGGAAUCUCGGGAGCGGCUUCGCUAUGAGUUGGAUGGUACGGAACGAUUUUUCUUCGACGGUGUUCCUUCAAACCGUAUCCUUCCAACUGGUUUUCAAAAGGCCCUUUCACCAAAACCGCCUACACAGCAAGCAAGGCCAUCGUCACAGCCACCACAACACCCAGCAUCAACACAACAACAAAAUUUUAACAACAAAAAAUCAGCUCCUGGAGGGCGUCGUGAAUCCAAUUUGAGAUAUGUGGAAUCUGCAGAGAAGGAAGAUGUUUUGGUUAGGCUAGGGAAAAUGCGCUUAGGAGAUCCCGAGAAAGAUACCGUGGAGCAUUCAGGGAGGAGAAACAACGGCAGACGGAGAAGAGGGGGUGGUGGAGGGGGAGGGGGAGGAGGAGGAGGAGGAAGGAUGCAGGGCAGAACGUGA